AACAAAAAGUUGGAAUGAAGCUUAACGAAAUUGUUUAUAACAGACCAUCUAAUGCAAUCGCAUCUCCAAGCCGCGUUCAUGUGGAGUCAGAGUUUGGAACCGAACAAAAGAAUCUUGACGAGGACAGUAUGUAUAGGGAAAUUAAGAGACGGAAAUGGUCAUGA